AUGGUGAAAAAGUUGAGUUUGGAACAAAACGAAGUAACGAAAAUGGGAAAACAAACGAAAAUAGCUGAAGAGUCUAUAGUGAAGUACCAACAGCGGAUUAAUGGUUACGAAAAUUUAAAAAAAGAAAAAGAUCAUUUCGAAGAACUUUACGUGAGAAUUAAUGCCAAAUACGAAAUGCUGGAACAACUUUUGACUUUUAAUAAAAAUAUUCAGGAGCCGAAUUUAUUGAACAAAGUGUUGUUUAAUCGGUGGAAAUCCAGUAGAUCCCACUACGAGACACAAAUUCAAAAAACCAACGAAAUACUCGAUAAAUUAACCGAUUGCUACAACAAAGAAAGAGAAACAAAUAUACAACUUAUAAAAAAUAGCAAAGAAGUUUCCCAAGAACGUGAUAGGAUAAAAGCAGAAAUGGAAACUAUGAAAAAAUUACACAAAGAGGAAUUAGAGAAGCUACAACAAAAGAUAACCGAGAUGGAACAUAAAGAUACUGAUGAUAAAACAGAAAUUGUACAGAUUAAAGAUGAAUCAAUAGAAAUUAUUGAUUAG